AUGGAUAUGGAAGAAGCCCAGACCCAGGUGCAGAAGAACAAGCUGAAGGCUGUCAAGCCCCGUCCUCAACCUGUUGGUAAGAAAAAGGGUCAAGGUGUUGUGAGCAAGGAAGGCAGACCUGAUAUAGACAGUGGUAACACUGGUGCUGCUGGAAUUAGCAGCAAAGCAGCAGUUCUUGGAGAGGAUGUUGAUGAAGACUUCCUGCCUAGUGACAACAAUGAAGACACUUUAGAUAUUCAGAAAAGGAGGAAAGGAUGGAAAAUGACACCACAUCAAUCACUGAAGGCUGCCAUCAAUAAUGCUUGCAAGAAAACGAUGUUGGAAUCAGGGAUUGCUGAUGAUGAUCGAUAUCAAGCAUGUGCACAGACAAACAAGAAAGGCAACUCUUUGCCAUGA